AUGAGAGUACGAGAUGGUUCUUAUUUGGCUGAAUUUUUGCUUUCAAAAGGAUAUAAAGUUCACGGAAUUAUUCGGUCAGUUAUUUUUAUUUUAAAUUUAAAAUUUUUGUAUUUAUCUAGUCGUUCUUCUUCAUUUAAUACUGCUCGUAUUCAACAUCUUUAUUCUGAUCCUAAAACUCAUGAGGGAAGUGCCAGUUUCUCUUUACAUUAUGGAGAUAUGACAGAUUCAUCUUGUCUCAUAAAAUUAAUCAACACUAUUCAACCAACAGAAAUAUAUCACUUGGUUUCUUUUGAUUUGCCUGAAUACACAGCAGAAGUAGAUGCUGUCGGAACACUUCGUUUAUUAGAUGCAAUCCACGCUUGUGGAUUGUCUAAUAAAGUACGUUUCUAUCAGGCUUCGACAUCUGAAUUGUAUGGAAAAGUACAAGAAGUGCCACAAAAAGAAACAACGCCUUUCUAUCCUCGAUCACCUUAUGCUGUUGCUAAAUUAUAUUCGUAUUGGAUUGUAGUUAAUUAUCGAGAGGCAUAUAAAAUGUUUGCAUGUAACGGAAUUCUUUUUAACCAUGAAAGGUUAUCUGUUAAUAUUUUUAAAUUAAUAAUUUUUUCAAAUUUAAAAAAUAAAUUCUUCAGUCCACGACGAGGAGAAACUUUUGUAACAAGAAAAAUAACUAGAGGAGUUGCAAAAAUUGCACUUAACCAGCAACAAUUUAUUGAAUUAGGUAAUAUAAAUGCUCGUCGUGAUUGGGGACAUGCUCGGGAAUAUGUUGAGGCAAUGUGGAUGAUAUUACAACAUAACGAACCUGAUGAUUUUGUUAUUGCUACAGGAAAAUUUUAUACAGUUCGAGAAUUUGUUGAAUUGGCGUUUAAAGAAAUUGGAAAGGAAAUAAUGUGGGAAGGUGAAGGAAUAAAUGAAAUUGGAAUAGAGAAAGGAACAAAUAUAUUGCGCGUUAAAGUAAAUCCAAAAUUCUAUCGACCAACAGAAGUUGAACAAUUAAUUGGUGAUCCAACUAAAGCAAAGGAGAAACUUGGUUGGAGUGCUAAAAUUAGUCUUAAAGAACUUGUACAUGAAAUGGUACAAAGUGAUAGUGAAUUGAUGAAGAAAAAUCCUUUGGCAUAA